AUGGAAUUAUCAGUAUCAGGAGGCUACAGUUAGUUUUGGAAAGCAAUUAUUCGACCACCAAGAGAAAAUUAUGAACUUAAAGAUUUAGGUCCAAAAGAAUUAAUUAUUGAUGGAACUAGAGUCCGCAGAACAGAUCUUGAACUAACUAACCCUAGAGGUCAUAACUUAAAAUGCUCAUUCUUUGAAAUUCACGAGAGUAAGAGACCUGAAAAAGAAUUACCGUGCGUGAUAUUUUUGCAUGGGAACUGUUCCAGUCGAAAAGGAUCUUUUGAUUGCUUAGAAUAUCUAUUACCCUAGUUUAUCUAACUCUUUACAUUUGAUUUCUCUGGUUGUGGAAUGUCUGAAGGCGACUACAUCUCAUUAGGAUGGCAUGAGCGUGAUGACCUUCAGUGUGUAAUUGAAUAUUUAAGAAGCUCGGGUAAGGUAUCGCUAAUCGGAUUAUGGGGCAGAUCAAUGGGUGCUGCUACUGCUCUAUUGCAUGGACAUAGAGAUCCAACUAUAGCUGGUAUGGUGCUAGACUCUCCGUUUAGUCAUCUAAAGCAGCUCGCAGAAGAAUUAGUCUCUAAUAACACUAAAAUUCCACAGUUCCUGACAUCAAUGGCAUUAAAAAUGGUGCGAAGCUCUAUUUAAAGCAAGGCUAACUUUGAUAUUUUUGAGCUAAACCCCAUAGAUCAUGUUGAUACUUGCUUUAUUCCAGCUCUAUUUUUGGCUGGUGACUAAGAUGACUUUGUUGCUCCACAGCAUUCUAAAGAUAUAUAUGAGAAAUAUGAGGGAGAUAAAAAGCUAAUAACUUUUGAGGGAGGUCAUAAUGGAGUAAGGCCAGAUCAUGUAUUAUAAUAAGUGGCUGAAUUCUUUUAUUUGACUAUGCAAUGCGAUGCUGUUUAGCAAAGGUAGACUGAGUUGAAAAUAAAACAAUAAAGAGAAGUGGAAGAGCUAAGACAGAAAUUAAAGAAGGAUGAAAUAAAAAUUAAGAGAUUUGAGUAGCCUUUGGUAAUAAGGAAUCCAAGCAAUCCCAUUAAUGAUGAUGACUAUUAGAGCAACUAACUAUCAAAAUAUAACUCAGAAGAUUUCUAGCUUGGAAUUGAUGAAGAUGAAGAAUUCAAAUUAGCAUUGAUAGCUUCAAUAGAAUAGUAAAAGUUCGAACCAUCCCAUAGGCUCAAUUGA